CUGAGGCUCAGCCCUCCUCGGAGCCCACCAUCUCGAGGCUCCUGGACUGUAAGGGACCCCUGCAGUCCCCAGAGCUGAGGCUAGCAGGGGCUGAGACUAUGAGGCAAGCAGCCCAUCGACCCAGGCCUCCUUAGGACCAGCCCAGCCACCCAGCAAGCGAGAGAGCAGCAGCGGAGAGCAGGGCCGGAGAUAAAGGACCACAGAGGACCACUGGGGAUCACCCCCAGCAGCUCCUGAAGCCCCUGGCUGGGCUGAGGGGUUGCGACGGACAGCCAGACCCACAGACACUGACAGACACACAACGACACCGAUGCACACAGCUGCACGACACUGACACAGUCAGAUACAACCAGGGACAGCAUCACAUACUGCCACAGCCCUGCAAUACAGACACCCACACACACACACAGAAACAACUGGCAACUCUGAAAUGGGCAGACAGUGACACACAGCACCACCCCCCUCAACACACAGAAGUGGGGGCACCCAUCUUUCCAACACACGAGACAGCAUUGACCUGCACGGACAGACCUGGAGACACACACACGCACCCUCACCCAGGCGCAGCUGUCGGUGGCCUCUGCACAUCCUCCCCACCCCCACGGGGACACCCUCGCUCCUCCACAUACUCUCGCACACACACAGCCACCAGCAAACAUAGCUCACAUACCCCUGGCUCCAGCUCCAGCAGCCCUGGCGCCUUCUGCAGCCUCCUUUGUGGGUGGGGAAGAGCUCAGCCAACCUUGGAUGGAGCGUUGGUGAAGCAAGAGCUCAGAGGGGAGAGGGGCUGGCCUGGCAUGACCCUCGCCAGUCCCCCCACCUGGCUGGGUGAUGUCCCCCGGCCUGGGUUCUGGGGCCCCUUGGCAGUACCAUGGAGCAACUGACAACCCUCCCACGGCCUGGGGACCCCGGAGCCAUGGAGCCAUGGGCACUGCCCACCUGGCAGAGCUGGACUCCAGGUCGAGGGGGUGAACCUGGCAGUGCAGCCCCAAGCGUCGCUGAUACUCCUCCGGCAGCUCUGCAGCUUCAAGAACUGAGGUCUGAGGAGAGUUCCAAGCCCAAAGGAGCCGGGAGCUCGCGGCCCGUGGUGGGAACUGACCCUGAAGGAGCAGAGGCUUGUCUGCCCAGCCUGGGCCAGCAAGCAUCGAGCUCUGGACCCGCCUGCCAGAGGCCAGAGGAUGAGGAAGUGGAGGCUUUCCCGAAGGCCAAGCUGAAAAUGAGCUUUGGGGACAGGCCCAAUCUGGAGCUGCUGAGGGCCCUGGGGGAGCUGCGGCAGCGCUGUGCCAUCCUUAAGGAGGAAAAUCAGAUGCUGAGGAAGAGCAGCUUCCCUGAGACGGAAGAGAAGGUGCGGAGGCUGAAGAGGAAGAACGCCGAGCUGGCAGUCAUUGCCAAGCGCCUGGAGGAGAGGGCCCGAAAGCUGCAGGAAACGAACCUGAGGGUGGUGAGUGCCCCCUUGCCCCGGCCGGGGGCCAGCUUGGAGUUGUGUCGGAAGGCCCUAGCCCGCCAGCGAGCCCGGGACCUCAGUGAGACAGCCAGUGCACUGCUGGCCAAGGACAAGCAGAUUGCUGCCUUGCAGCGGGAGUGCAGGGAGCUGCAGGCCAGGCUCACUCUGGUGGGCAAGGAGGGUCCCCAGUGGCUCCACGUGCGGGACUUCGAUCGGCUGCUGCGCGAGUCCCAGCGGGAGGUGCUGCGGCUGCAGAGGCAGAUCGCGCUGCGCAACCAGCGGGAGACGCCCCCGCUCCCGCCGUCCCGGCCCCCGGGCCCUGCUCUCCAGGCCAGAGCAGGGGCGCCGGCUCCCGGGGCCCCGGGCGAGGCCACGCCCCAGGAGGAUGCGGACAACCUACCCGUGAUUCUAGGGGAGCCAGAGAAAAAGCAGAGGGUGCAGCAGCUGGAAUCGGAGCUCAGCAAGAAGCGGAAGAAAUGCGAGAGCCUGGAGCAGGAAGCCCGGAAAAAGCAGAGGCGAUGUGAGGAGCUGGAACUGCAGCUGAGAGAAGCGCAGAAUGAGAAUGCCCGCCUGGUGGAGGAGAACUCCCGGCUCAGUGGGAGAGCUACAGAGAAGGAGCAGGUGGAGUGGGAGAAUGCGGAGCUGAGGGGCCAGCUCCUGGGGGUGACACAGGAGAGGGACUCAGCCCUUCGCAAGAGCCAGGGCCUGCAGAGCAAGCUGGAGAGCCUGGAGCAAGUGCUGAAGCACAUGCGGGAGGUGGCCCAGCGGCGGCAGCAGCUGGAGGUGGAGCAUGAACAGGCUCGGCUCAGCCUACGGGAGAAGCAGGAGGAGGUCCAGAGGCUGCAGCAGGCCCAGGCGGAAGCCAAGAGGGAACAUGAAGGAGCCGUGCAGCUGCUGGAGUCUACCUUGGAUUCCAUGCAGGCCCGGGUUCGAGAGCUCGAGGAACAGUGCCGCAGCCAAACCGAGCAGUUCAGCCUCCUGGCACAGGAACUCCAGGCUUUCCGCCUGCACCCGGGCCCCUUGGAUCUGCUCACAUCUGCCCUGGACUGCGGGAGCCUUAGAGACUGCCCACCACCCCCCUGCUGCUGCUCCACUCCCCAGCCUUGCCGGGGGUCUGGCCCCAAAGACCUUGACCUCCCGCCGGGCUCCCCUGGGCGCUGCACCCCAAAGUCUUCCGAGCCUGCCCCUGCCACCCUCACUGGGGUCCCUCGAAGGACAGCCAAGAAGGCAGAGUCUCUCUCCAACUCCUCCCACUCCGAGUCCGUCCACAACAGCCCCAAGUCAUGCCCUACACCUGAGGUGGACACAGCCAGUGAGGUAGAGGAGCUGGAGGCAGACAGUGUCUCCCUGCUCCCAGCCGCGCCAGAGGGCAGCCGGGGAGGAGCCAGGAUCCAGGUCUUCCUUGCACGUUAUAGCUACAACCCCUUUGAGGGUCCCAAUGAGAAUCCAGAAGCAGAGCUUCCGCUGACAGCUGGCGAGUACAUCUACGUCUAUGGCAACAUGGAUGAGGAUGGCUUUUUUGAAGGAGAGCUCAUGGAUGGCCGAAGGGGCCUGGUGCCUUCCAAUUUUGUAGAGCGUGUAUCGGAUGAUGACCUCCUGACCUCCCUCCCUCCAGAGCUGGCCGAUUUGUCCCACAGCUCAGGUCCUGAACUCAGUUUCCUGAGUGUAGGUGGGGGUGGCAGCAGUAGCGGGGACCAAAGCAGCGGGGGACGGAGCCAGCCCAGACCUGAGGAGGAGGAUGCAGGCGACGAGCUCAGUCUGACCCCAUCACCGGAGGGCCUGGGCGAGCCUUCUGCCGUGCCUUACCCCCGCCGUCUGGUGGUCCUCAAGCAGCUGGCCCAUAGCGUGGUGCUGGCCUGGGAGCCACCUCCUGAGCGAGUGGAGCUACACGGCUUCCAUAUCUGUGUGAAUGGGGAGCUGCGACAGGCCCUGGGGCCUGGGGCGCCACCCAAGGCUGUGCUGGAGAACCUGGACCUGCGGGCUGGGCCCCUUCACAUUUCUGUCCAGGCCCUGACCAGCCGGGGCAGCUCUGACCCACUGCGCUGUUGCUUGGCGGUGGGUGCCCGGGCCAGAGUGGUGCCCAGCCAGCUGCGGGUCCAUCGAUUGACAGCCACAUCUGCUGAGAUCACCUGGGUGCCCGGCAAUAGCAACUUGGCCCAUGCCAUCUACCUCAAUGGGGAAGAGUGCCCACCUGCCAGCCCCAGUACCUACUGGGCCACCUUCUGCCACUUACGGCCUGGCACACCCUAUCAGGCCCAAGUGGAGGCUCAGCUCCCACCCCAAGGGCCCUGGGAACCAGGCUGGGAGAGGCUGGAGCAGCGGGCUGCCACCCUGCAGUUCACCACACUCCCAGCAGGCCCACCUGAUGCCCCUCUGGAUGUGCAGAUCGAGCCUGGGCCCUCCCCUGGGAUCUUGAUCAUCAGUUGGCUCCCAGUCACCAUCGAUGCUGCUGGCACAUCCAAUGGUGUCCGGGUCACAGGCUAUGCCAUCUACGCUGAUGGGCAGAAGAUCAUGGAGGUGGCCUCGCCCACGGCAGGCAGUGUACUGGUGGAGUUGUCCCAGCUGCAGCUGCUGCAGGUGUGUCGUGAGGUGGUCGUGCGCACCAUGUCGCCCCACGGGGAGUCGGCGGACUCCAUCCCGGCUCCUAUCACUCCCGCCCUGGCUCCGGCCAGCCUGCCAGCCCGAGUCUCCUGCCCCUCACCGCAACCAAGCCCAGAGGCCAGAGCGCCCCUUGCUUCAGCCUCCCCAGGGCCUGGAGACCCCAGCUCUCCUCUCCAGCACCCUGCUCCCCUGGGAACUCAAGAGCCUCCAGGAGCACCCCCUGCAAGCCCUUCCAGAGAGAUGCCAAAAGGGUCCCACGAGGACCCUCCAGCACCUUGCUCCCAGGAGGAGGCUGGGGCAGCAGUGCUGGGCACCUCAGAGGAGAGGACAGCCAGCACAUCCACCCUGGGUGAGAAGGACCCUGGCCCCGCAGCUCCCUCACUGGCCAAGCAGGAGGCCGAGUGGACUGCAGGAGAGGCCUGCCCGGCCUCCAGCUCCACCCAGGGAGCACCGGCCCAGCAGGCGCCGAAUACCGAGACGUGCCAAGGAGGAGACCCAGGGUCUGGGCUGAGGCCCAGGGCUGAGAAGGAGGACACAGCAGAGCUCGGGGUUCAUCUGGUGAACUCCCUCGUGGACCACGGCCGCAACUCAGACCUGUCAGAUAUCCAGGAGGAAGAGGAAGAGGAAGAGGAGGAGGAGGAGGAGGAGGAGCUGAGUUCCAGGACUUGCUCCUUCCAGAAGCAGGUUGCUGGCAACAGCAUCAGGGAGAAUGGGGCCAAGUCCCAGCCCGACCCGUUUUGUGAGACUGACAGCGAUGAGGAGAUCUUGGAGCAGAUCCUGGAGCUGCCCCUCCAGCAGUUCUGCAGCAAGAAGCUCUUUAGUAUCCCAGAAGAGGAGGAGGAGGAAGAGGAGGACGAGGAGGAGGAGAAGCCAGGGGCAGGCUGUUCUUCCCGAGACCCUGGCCCACCUGAACCUGCAUUGCUGGGGCUGGGCUGUGACAGUGGUCAGCCCCGAAGACCUGGCCAGUGGCCCUUGUCUCCUGAGUCCUCCAGGGCUGGAGACUGCCUGGAAGACAUGCCUGGAUUAGUUGGUGGAAGCAGCCGGAGGAGAGGAGGGGGCUCCCCUGAGAAGCCCCCAAGCCGCAGGCGGCCUCCAGAUCCCCGUGAACACUGCAGCCGACUUCUCAGCAACAAUGGGCCCCAGGCCUCUGGACGACCGGGCCCCACGCGGGAGAGGGGUGGCCUCCCCGUAAUUGAGGGCCCCAGGACUGGACUAGAGGCUAGUGGGAGAGGGCGGCUGGGCCCUUCCCGGAGGUGCUCCCGUGGCCGGGCGCUGGAGCCUGGCCUGGCCAGCUGCCUUUCCCCCAAGUGCUUGGAAAUCAGCAUUGAAUAUGAUUCGGAGGACGAGCAGGAGGCAGGCAGCGGGGGCAUCAGCAUCACCAGCUCCUGCUACCCUGGAGAUGGGGAGGCCUGGGGCACAGCAACUGUAGGAAGGCCCAGGGGGCCUCCGAAGGCCAAUUCAGGCCCCAAACCCUACCCACGCCUCCCAGCCUGGGAAAAAGGGGAGCCAGAGCGGAGAGGCCGCAGUGCGACGGGCAGAGCCAAGGAGCCACUCUCCCGGGCAACAGAGACCGGAGAGGCCAGAGGGCAGGACAGCUCUGGGCGGAGGGGCUCCCAGAAGAGAGGUGUCCGAGUCCCCAGGCCAAGCACUGCAGAGCUAGUCCCUGCGAGGAGCCCCUCAGAAACACUGGCUUACCAACACCUACCCGUCAGGAUCUUUGUGGCUCUGUUUGACUAUGACCCCGUGUCAAUGUCGCCCAAUCCUGAUGCUGGAGAAGAAGAGCUUCCCUUCCGAGAGGGUCAGAUCCUGAAGGUGUUUGGGGACAAGGAUGCCGAUGGCUUCUACCAGGGCGAAGGUGGGGGCCGGACAGGCUACAUUCCCUGCAACAUGGUGGCUGAGGCGGCUGUGGACAGCCCUGCUGGGAGACAGCAGCUGCUCCAGCGGGGUUAUUUGUCCCCAGAUAUUCUCCUUGAGGGCUCAGGGAAUGGUCCCUUUGUGUACUCCACAGCCCGCACAACUGGGCCUCCUCCCAAGCCCCGCCGCUCCAAGAAAGCUGAGUCGGAAGGCCCUGCCCAGCCCUGUCCAGGCCCCCCUAAGCUGGUCCCCUCGGCUGACCUGAAAGCUCCCCGCUCCAUGGUGGCUGCAUUUGACUACAACCCCCAGGAGAGUUCCCCCAAUAUGGACGUGGAGGCAGAGCUGCCCUUCCGGGCAGGGGACGUCAUUACUGUGUUUGGGGGCAUGGACGAUGACGGUUUCUACUAUGGGGAAUUAAAUGGACAAAGGGGCCUGGUUCCAUCCAACUUCCUGGAGGGCCCUGGGCCUGAGGCAGGCGGCCUGGACAGGGAACCCAGGACACCCCAGGCUGAGAGUCAGAGAACGAGGAGGAGAAGAGUCCAGUGCUAGAUGGAGAUAGAUAUAUGUAGAGAGAGCAACAUGACUGGGGCUGCACCACACAAGGGCCCCCGGGGCCCCCAGGUGGGCCUUGUGCCCCCAGCCCUGGCAGCGCCCCCAGGAUUGAACGCGGGGAGCCCCAGGGCAGAAGCGAGAAGAUGUGGGGUUUCUUCUCCAAGGGGAAGCAGCUCCUCAGGAGGCUGGGCUCUGGGAAGAAGGAGUGAAGCUGUGGCCCAUCCUGCAGGCAGAAGAGGCCCUGAGAGGCCCCCAGAUCACUGUCUCUGCUGAGCAGGGAAGGCUCAGACUGGGCCCAGAGCCCCUGUUCUUCUGUGUUAACACUGUGGCAUUCAGAGGGAAUCAAAGAGCCUUGGUGAAGGUCAGAGCUAAAUGGCUCCUUAAGGAUGAACUCUCUAGAGAAGCACCUUCCUCCUACAGGAGGGGAAACUGAGCCCACAGUGAGUAUGUAACUUGACCAAGGUCACUGAGCCAGGACUGGACCCAGGACUCUCACGUCCUGGUCCACCCACCUCGUCUACUAGUGUCCCACAGUGCUGCGCUAGUCCCUUCUGCAACCCUUCCCAGUCCCAGGACGGACCCUGGGGGGAGAAAGGAGCCUGUGCCCCCUGAUGGCUCUGGCUGUCCUGAUCAUGUCUUCCCUCCUCUGAAGGAAAGUUUGCACUGGAUUUUCUUGGAGCCCCAUCUCCCCAGCGGGCAGGUGGGCGGAGCCUGUAUAUAUGUACAUACUCAGUGCCUCAGUUCAGCUUCCUCCACCUCGCUUCCACUGCACAGGCCCGGGAAGGAGAAAGGCCAAGCCAAAGUGGGCCCCACCCUGCCCCCGUCGUGCUCCAUCCUUCCCUGACGGGGCCUGCUGGCCCCUGUAUGGUCCCGCACCCAAAGACCCUGGGGCCAGCGGGACCAAAAGCGGAGUUGGGUUUGCCUUAUUUUGCUCAUUGGAUUCAAGUUCUUUUGCAUAGUUUUCUUCUAAGCCCUGUUGGAGUCCAGGGGCUGGAGAAAAGGACAGAUUUAUGCAGCUAUUUUCAUACAUUCCCUGUUCAGAGUGGGGUAGGGGUUCUCCACCGUUACCCGAUCCACUCCAUCCCCCACCCUCUGAGGGUGAGUGUCUCUUUGCAUGUUUCCUUUGCUGUGGUGGGAGAUAGUUUGACUGAGCCCCCACCCCGACCUUGGUCUCCAGGGGUGUGGAAUGGUGGGGGAAUUUGUUUAAAAGACAUUUUAUUAUAAUAAAGUCUAUUUUCACAAAAUCUA